AUGGAAUUGGAUCUUGUUCAAUACAACGGCAAAAACGCCGCCGCUGCCACUGCUAUUGAGCUAGCCGGUAGUCGCAGACUAAUGAACUUGACAUGGGGUCUCUCUGCAUGGCAAGGUUAUUACACCCAACCAGCCACAAUGAAAACAGCGACUCAACAGGAUCUUGACGGGAUAAUGGAAGGACGAAACGGGUAUCAAAAAAGCUGGUCGAUCGUGCAGGCUUCGGUGGAUAAAUUAAAAAUAGAAAAAUUGAUUCCGGUGCCACUACAAAGCACCUUCAUUCGCCAAAAGCGACAUUUUAUCAGAAGACGCGUAGAAGUAGAUAUGCGGCGGGACUUGUUGAUUCAUAAUGUCAUCAAGGAUACCCAAGCCUUCCAACUAAGCUACGAAGGCACACACGAUCCUAAUAUGGGAAAUCGGGUUGAAAUUGAUAUGUAUUCAAUGCCAAAGAAAGGACGCUCAAGAAGAUCACGUCACUACGACUUCUUUCCCCAAUACAACCCACUUCCACAGAAGGUUGAGCAGCCAUUAAUUUUCAAUGCCAACGAUGUCGAAACUGAUUCGGGGAAUGAUUUCGUGCCGCUAGCUUUUGCAACUGAAGUCGAAUGUGAUGAAAAUCAAAAGCCGAAACCAUUGAGCGAAGAAAUCGAUGCCGAGCUCGCCAAGCUUUACUUGCCACCAAUGUCUAUUUCACAAGAGGGAACCAUCGAAAAACUCAUCAAGAAAGCUACUGGCCCACUUCUAAACAUUUUGUAG